AUGCAGCAGAGUUCGAGCGAUGCCCCGGCCAUCCAGGGAGACGUUGAUGCAGCGCCACUAACAUCGACUCGAGAUGGGCAUUCUGCGACAAUUACUGUUCGUGUGGUCAAGAGUUUCGAGUAUAGGACUAUCAAGAACCAUGUUUUCAAGGACUUGAAUCUGUACACCACCACCCCCGCACAACUGCUGGAACGAGUAAAACAAGUUGUGCAAACCGAAGGUGGGUUCAGACCAUAUCGCACGGUGGAUUUGAAUUGUUUAAAAAUUUACACACACGCUCAUCUUACCAAAACAGUGAAGCUUUCUAUUAACCUGGACAAGGACGAUGAGUGGAUUCUUGACGAAGAAAAACCAUUGUACGAUUAUGGCAUGAGAAACGAGAGCGAGAUUUCGUGCUUCAAUCGUGACAUGUAUUUUACAUUCAAAGAGAACCCCGUCGAGAAGUGGGAAUAA